CACAAAACGGAUGAUCAAGCUUCUUCUUUCACAAUGUCUUUUCCCCCCUCGGGUGCAUUCGCUCCUUCCCCAUUAGCGCGCCCUCCCCCAGCGCGUACGAUCACCCCUUCCCCAUUAGCGCCCCCUCCCCCAUCGGGUACGAUCACCCCUUCCCCAUUAGCGCCCCGUUCCCCAUUGGGUGCGGCCCCUUCCCCAUUUAUUGCGUUCGCCCCUAACAUUAGUCCUGGCUAUUCUUCCCAUUCUGACCAGGGUAAUAUCGGACGGUUGGUUGGAAUAAUAGUGGCCGCGAUAUGUGGGACCUUGCUGACAUUUGGGAUCUUCUUUGCAAUCCGUCGUCGUUGUCGGCGUCCUGGUCGUCAAAGGGGAUUAGAUGUUGAUGCAUCCCCGCCGAUUAAUAAAAAAAAAGUUGAUGCACCCCCCAUGGAGAAGUUCCUGCAAGAGAUGGCGAAGGAGAAGCCGGUGGGAUUCACUGCCCAGCAGCUCCGUGCAUUCACGGGUAAUUACUCGACCAGGUUGGGGUCUGGGGGUUUUGGAGUGGUCUAUAAAGGGCAGUUUUCGGAUGGAGUCAAGAUUGCAGUUAAGGUACUUGAGAAAAGUUCUGAGAAAACGGCAGAGAAGCAGUUCAUGGCGGAGGUAGGCACGAUUGGGAGAACAUACCAUAUUAAUUUGGUUAGACUUUAUGGUUUUUGCUAUGAUAAAAAAAUGAGUGCGCUUGUAUAUGAAUUCAUGGAAAAUGGAUCACUUGAUAAAUACUUGUUUGGGGAAAGGGAUACAAUUGAGUGGGAAAAAUUACAUGAAAUCGCAAUAGGAACAGCCAAGGGUAUUGCUUAUUUGCAUGAAGAAUGUCAACAAAGAAUCAUACACUAUGAUAUAAAGCCUGCAAACAUACUCCUUGAUGCAAACUUUUUGCCUAAAGUUGCUGAUUUUGGUCUCGCAAAGCUCUACAAUAGGGAUCUUUCUCAUGUGUCAAAUACUGAGUAUCGAGGAACUCCAGGUUACUCUGCUCCAGAAUGCUUUAUGAAGAAUCUUCCUACAACAUACAAGUGUGAUGUGUAUAGUUUUGGAAUGGUGUUGUUUGAGAUUGUUGGGAGGAGAAAAAACACCAUUAUGAGUUCACCUGAAAGCCUUGAUUGGUUUCCUAAACAUGUAUGGGAAAAUUACGAGAAAGGUGAAUUGAUUGAAAUGACAAAGACUUGUGGGAUUGAAGAAAAGUAUAGUGAAAAUGCAGAGAGAAUGUCCAUGGUAGCAUUAUGGUGUGUUCAAGACUCACCCGAGGUGAGGCCACCAAUGAGUGUAGUAGUGAAAAUGCUAGAAGGAGGAGUGGACAUCAUGCCACCUCCUAAACCCUUUCAGUAUCUAUACUCAAUGGAAAUGAAUUUGCUCAACCCACGUACAACUACAACCAAUUCCAGUUUCUCCUCAAAUGAAGAAUGUAAUUAUUAUUGGUAUAAAGAGACCACACCUGUCAUGACCAAGUAUGAAAUACAAAUAGCUAGUUGUUAACUAUACUAAAAUCUAAAUUUCAACAAGUAAAUGUACAUUUUGUUAUGAUAUUGUUUUUAUAUAAAGUUUCUUACAUUUC